GCACGUGGUGCCGGGGCGCAGGAGGCGCGCGCCGGAGCGACGUCAACGCAGCCCACUAAGCUCCCCCGACCUGUGUACCGCGGCUCUGCCGCGGCUGAGUCCUCCGAGGGCUGGGGUUCGGCGGUUUGCUGAGUACCUUUGCGGCCGCCAUGGACAACUCCGGGAAGGAAGCGGAAGCGAUGGCGCUGCUGGCCGAGGCGGAGCGCAAAGUGAAGAACUCGCAGUCCUUCUUCUCGGGCCUCUUUGGAGGCUCAUCCAAAAUAGAAGAAGCAUGUGAAAUCUACGCCAGAGCAGCGAACAUGUUCAAGAUGGCCAAGAACUGGAGUGCUGCCGGAAACGCCUUCUGCCAGGCGGCCCAGCUGCACCUGCAGCUCCAGAGCAAGCACGACGCGGCCACCUGCUUCGUGGACGCCGGCAAUGCGUUCAAGAAGGCUGAUCCCCAAGAGGCCAUUAACUGUUUGAUAAGAGCCAUCGAGAUCUACACAGACAUGGGCCGGUUCACAAUCGCCGCCAAGCACCACAUCUCCAUUGCUGAGAUCUACGAGACGGAGCUGGUGGACAUUGAGAAGGCCAUCGCCCACUACGAGCAGUCUGCAGACUACUACAAAGGCGAGGAGUCCAACAGCUCGGCCAACAAGUGUCUUCUGAAGGUGGCCGGCUACGCGGCGCAGCUGGAGCAGUACCAGAAGGCCAUUGACAUCUACGAGCAGGUGGGAACCAAUGCCAUGGACAGCCCACUCCUCAAGUACAGCGCCAAGGAUUACUUCUUCAAGGCGGCCCUCUGCCACUUCUGCAUCGACAUGCUCAAUGCCAAGCUCGCCGUCCAGAAGUACGAGGAGCUCUUCCCCGCGUUCUCUGACUCCCGGGAGUACAAGCUCAUGAAAAAAUUGCUAGAAGCCCACGAGGAGCAGAAUGUGGACAGCUACACUGAGGCGGUCAAGGAGUACGACUCCAUCUCCCGGCUGGACCAGUGGCUCACCACCAUGCUGCUGCGCAUCAAGAAGACCAUCCAGGGCGACGAGGAGGACCUGCGCUAGGCCCCGCCCAGCCCCCUGGCGCCCGUCCUCCUGCCCCAUCUGCUCUCCCCCGGCCGGGCCCUCCAGCGAGGAUCACGGUGUGAGCCCAGAGAGAGGUGGGGCCCGAGACCUCGGCUGCGAGACCCCCCGAUCCUCCCCACCAAGGAGUCGGUCCCUCAGGCCGCAGCGCGGGCUCAGCACUGCCUCGGGGGCUGCUGAGGCUGGGCCCGCUGGCCAGACUGUCACUCUCUGUUCUCAUUGCAUCGCCCCCUGCCCUGUUAUUUAAGCCCCCAGAGGUGCCCUUCUCUGCCCCGAAGUGCAGAAUCUUUGACCCAGACCUAUCCGCUGGGGGUGGUGUCGGGAGUCAGGGUCAGCAUCCAGCCCCCCAUCUCCCAACCAGCUGAGUUGAGAGGUCGGCACCUGUCUCCCCACUUUUGUCCCCCAGCCGAGCUCUGAGCCCACAUAGCCGCUACGAUUUGCUCUCGCCCCUGGAGAGGGCCCCUCCCCACCAGCGCCCGGCGCCUCCUGCCUCCCACAGCCUGAUCUCUGGGGACAGCCCCAGGCCCUGGCGCUCUGAGGAUCAAGGGUUGUCCUGUGCCCCCCACCCACCCUCCCUGUGCUUCAAGGUGUUGUUGGUGGGAAGCUGCAGCUGCCCGAGGAAGGAAAUAAAAUACAGCACCUAUG